CUUUCAAAUGUAUAUAACAGGGAAUGAAAACACGAGUCGGUAGUUUUUUCCGACAAACUACAACGGCGGUAGUGAAUUAAUUAAAAAAAAUUAUGGGGCGCAAGGGGAUUCAGUUGGUGUUGGGGCUGGCAGUUUGCAUUGCUGUGGCUUAUGGUCAGCUUAAUGAAAAAAUUAUCAACGGUCAGAAUGCCUGGCCCGGACUCUUCCCGCACCAGGUCUCACUCCAACAGAGAAAAUCCCACUUCUGUGGAGGGAGCAUCAUCGACGCCACUCACAUACUGACGGCCGCGCAUUGUGUUGUCGACGACCUUAGUCAGGUUCUUCGACCUGAUGACAUUAAAGUGGUCACUGGUGUUGUAGAUCACCUGGCCCGCAGGCCCUCCAACACAUUCUCUGUUGCCGCGAUUAUUCCACAUGAAUCUUAUAACUCAAGAGCCCUCAACAAUGAUAUCGCCAUUUUGAAGUUAAAUCGCCCCAUCCCUUUCAACUCCCUCCAAAGGCCAAUUGGUUUACCGACCAGGGACACCCCAUCUGGCACAAGAGUUACAGCCAGUGGUUGGGGAGCGACCUGGACGAAUUCAGCGGGUUUACCCGGUCCCUGUCCACGAUUUUUGCAACAACUUCCAAUGAUCGCUCUCAACUUGGACGAAUGCAAAAACCUUAAUGACGGACGAAUUUAUCCCGGUCAAAUAUGUGCUGUCCGCCCAGCAGAAACAGGAAUAUGUUUCGGCGACAGUGGGGGCCCCCUCAUUCACAAAAAUCAAAUUAUCGGCAUCAGUUCGUACGUGAAGGGUGGAUGUGCCUCCCCAAACGCUGAUUUUUUCACUCGCGUUUUCACAUAUCUCCCAUGGAUUAAUAAUGUCUUGGCCAGUUAUGUAUUAUUUUUUGUACUUUCAUUUCUGUUCCUUCUGUUGAGACAGAAAAUAAAUAUUGUGAAUACGUCGACUAUUCGCAGUUAUUUCGGUCAUAAUGCGAUGACUUCACAUCAUUCGUCACCGAGUUUAUAUACUUUUCUGAGGAAAAUACUUGUGAGAUCGUGUCAAAUCCAUUCAAUGGUGAGGAAAAUGACAUUUUAUUUGCACAACUUUUAUAAAUCAGGACCAGAGUUUGAGACUGCGGAAGACGAGAAGAUCUCUCGAUCGAGAAUGGAAACCAGAAAAAUACAAUCGAUGAUGUUGUACUUGGCUGUCAGCAUUUUGGGUGGACAUGGGAAACCUCCAUCCAGAAUCAUCAAAGGACAAGAUAGCUCGCUUGGAGAGUGCCCGUACCAAGUGCAGCUGCGAAAGGACGACCAACAUUGGUGUGGUGGAAGCAUCCUCGACGCCACUCACAUCAUCACUGCUGCGCACUGCUUAUCUAAUACUCACACAGUGACUCGAGCUGAGGAACUCCAGGUUCUCGCAGGUGUCGUUGAUUCCCGUGAUCCCAAGGAUGACGAUCUUUACGAUGUCUCCGAAAUUAUUAUUCAUCAGGAUUGGAAUCCCAAACUAUCUCGGAAUGUCGCCCAUUUUGGUGACAUUGCUGUUCUCAAGUUGGCGAGACCCAUUCGUUUCAACCCUUAUCGACGCCCGAUUAGGUUACCAAGUCGUAAUCCACCUGUUGGCACACCCGUCAUCGCCAGUGGGUGGGGAGCAACGCAUCACGAUGUUGAGAACUACAGUGGUCCAAGCUGGUUACAAAAAUUGACCAUGAAAAUUGUCAGCCUGGAGGACUGCAAAAAAGCUCAUCCUCAGCAAAUCGAUGAUGGACAUAUCUGCGCAUUAGGUCCCCCGGGGUCAGCAGUCUGUUUUGGUGAUAGCGGUGGUCCUUUAGUUCACAAGAACGAGCUGAUAGGGGUUGUUUCCUGGGGCGCCGGGCAAUUGAAUUGCGCUUAUAUUUCUCCGGACGAUAAUGAAUUAAUUUAUAUAAUUCACGACGAAUCUUUAGUGACAUCUGAAUCGCAGUCGAUGGGUGUUGGCAGCACUUUAGGACAAGAACCUUGUGGCCCUUGUGACAGUGACACUAAAUUAAUUGACUUAUCUAGGAAUUUUAAGUACUCAUUGUAUUUUAAUGACAGGCGCGAGAACUUCCUAUUUGCACAUACAACAUGUGCCCAUCUGUCACCCACCCUCACCUGUCAUCCAUUAUUUCCGAAGUGUCAAUUGAUAAAUUCCAAAGAUAAACAAAACAACUGUUUCGCGAUCACUUGCGCAGUGCACCAGAUGACCAAUUGUCAUCUUCUCGGAAGUGACAAUGUCCUACAGGCUGAAGUGUCAUUUGAUAGAAUGUACGGAUGCAAGAUGGAGGCAUCAUUAUCAUUGAUCCUGAAGACUGUCAGUCGUAUUGGAGAUGAUGAUGGAAUUCAGGAGAAUUCAGUUGGUAACGCUGUCAUUGGCUACGUGUCUUUCCGGUGCCAUCCUGAGAGUAUCCAGCAAGAGGUUUGUCCUGCUACUAGGACACUGACAAAGAUCAAUCGUAGCAAUUUUAUGUACAUUGGAUUUGCAAAACCUGCGAGCAAAAUUGUUGAUGGACAUGAUGCCUUCGUGGCUGAGUUCCCGCAUCAGGUGUCCCUUCAAUUAGGAGGACAACAUUUCUGCGGAGGGAGUAUCAUCGAUGCUACGCACGUUUUGACUGCAGCACAUUGUGUUCUCGCUGAUGAUGGCACAGUAAUCCGAGGAAUAGAAGUUGUCACGGGUGUCCUUGAUUAUCACAACCGCAAUGCUAACAACGUUUUCACUGUUUCCCGAGCCAUUCCCCACCCAAAGUAUGCACCGAAGGACACCUGGAGGAACGACAUCGCGGUCCUGAAGCUGACGAAGCGGAUUAUCUUCAACGCUAACCAAAAACCAAUCAGGUUACCAACCCGGGACACACCCGGUGGUGCUCGUGUCAUGACUAGUGGCUGGGGAGCAGACAUCUACCUCGGGGAUAAGAGCCAGUCGGUGCGAUAUCUCCAAAAACUUGCGAUGGAGGUGAUCAGCCUCCAGCAGUGCCGGAGAGUCUUAGGAUCUGGUAUUCAGUCGGGACAGAUUUGUGCUGUUGGUAGUAGAGGAACUGGUAUCUGUGUUGGUGACAGCGGUGGUCCAUUGACCUAUAACAACGCAGUCAUCGGAGUUGCUUCCUUCGUCAUACCUUGUGCAAAAGGAUACCCAGAUGUCUACACACGUGUUUACAGAUACGUCCCCUGGAUCAACCAAGUCAGACGAACCAGCUAACAAUAUUGAUCCUGAAAUUAACAAGUGCCUUAUCCUCCUGAUUAUGAGUUAAUUAAUAUAGUCAUUUGCCUGAAGUCAAUGCUAAUAA